AUGGCGGCGGGGGCAGACGCCGACAGUCGGCGCGCGGCCCUGGAGACGGCGACGGGGGCGCCCGAACGGGGCGGCGGGAGCUGCGUGCUGUGCUGCGGGGAUCUGGAGGCCACGGCGCUGGGCCGCUGCGACCACCCGGUGUGCUACCGCUGCUCCACCAAGAUGCGGGUGCUGUGCGAACAGCGAUACUGUGCCGUGUGCCGCGAGGAGCUGCGCCAGGUGGUCUUCGGGAAGAAGCUUCCCGCCUUUGCCACUAUCCCCAUCCACCAGCUACAGCACGAGAAGAAGUAUGACAUCUAUUUUGCUGAUGGGAAAGUGUAUGCCUUGUACAGGCAGCUGCUGCAGCAUGAGUGCCCAAGGUGCCCUGAGCUGCCACCUUUCAGCCUCUUCGGGGACCUGGAACAGCACAUGAGGAAGCAGCAUGAACUCUUUUGCUGCAAGCUGUGCCUCAAACACCUCAAGAUCUUUACAUAUGAGCGCAAGUGGUACUCGCGCAAGGACCUGGCGCGGCACCGCAUGCAGGGAGACCCCGAUGACACGUCGCACCGUGGGCACCCGCUCUGCAAGUUCUGCGAUGAGCGCUACCUAGACAACGAUGAGCUGCUGAAGCACCUGCGUCGAGACCACUACUUCUGCCACUUCUGUGACUCGGAUGGAGCCCAAGACUACUACAGCGACUAUGCUUAUCUGCGUGAGCACUUCCGGGAGAAGCACUUCCUGUGUGAGGAGGGCCGCUGCAGUACUGAGCAGUUCACCCAUGCGUUCCGCACCGAGAUCGACCUCAAGGCCCACAAGACAGCCUGCCACAGCCGCAGCCGCGCCGAGGCCCGCCAGAACCGCCAGAUAGACCUGCAGUUCAGCUACACGCCGCGGCAUUCUCGCCGCAACGAAGGAACCGUCAGUGGCGAGGACUAUGAGGAGGUGGACAGGUACAACCGCCAGGGCCGAGCAGGCCGGGCCAGUGGCCGUGGAGCCCAGCAGAGCCGCCGAGGAAGCUGGAGGUACAAGAGGGAAGAAGAGGACCGAGAAGUGGCAGCUGCCAUCCGGGCCUCGGUGGCCACGCAGCAGCAGCAGGAGAUACACAGGAGCAAGGACCGGGAGGAGGGCAGCAGGCUCAAGAAGGAGGAGGCAGGGAAGUGGGGAGCCGAAGAGCCCCGAGGGCCUCGGCGCCUGCUACGGACUCAGGGUGCGAGCCCAGGCCCCAAGGAAGCCUCGACAAAUGGUCCCGUAAGCCAAGAGGCCUUCGCAGCCAACAGCUCAGCAGCGGGGGCCACACAGCUGAGCACCCUUCCGCCCUCCACUUCGAAGCUCAAGGAUGAAGAUUUCCCCAGUCUCUGCACCUCUUCUUCCUCCUGCUCCACGGCAACAGCCCUGGGCCCGGUGGGACUGCCACUGGUGUACCCUGUUCCUACCAGGGGCAGGAGCACCUUCCAGGAGGAUGACUUCCCUGCCCUGGUGUCCUCCACCUCCAAACCCAGCACAGCCCCCACCAGCCUCAUCUCUGCCUGGAAUAGCAGUGGCAGCAAGAAGGUGGUGCAAACAGCCCCAGGGGCCCAGGCUGCUGGUGGGGGCAGUCAGCCCCCCAGAAAGGCUGGGAAGGGGGGUAAGGGCAACAAAAAGGGUGGGCCGCCCCCCCCAGAGGAGGAGGAAGAGGAGGAUAGCCGCACUGGCCUCACCACCCAGGAGCUGCGAAGCGUGCCCACCACAGUUGCCGUGUCCUCCCUGCUAGCACGGGCCUCCACCCAGACCUUCACCAAAGUUGGCAAGAAGAAGAAGGUGGGCUCUGAGAAGCUGGGUGCCACAUCACCCCCGUCACUGCCCUCUGAAAAAGAUGGGCCCCCUGGGGCUGAGCAAGCCCCCCCGGUCCCCAUGGGCAGAGCUGAGGGGCCUGUCGCUGUCGUCGUCAAUGGACACACAGAGGGGCCAGCCCCCGCUUGGAGUGUCACCAAGGAACCCCCGGGGCUCCCACGGCCCCUGGGGCCCCUCCCCUGCCCCACGCCCCAGGAAGACUUUCCAGCGCUUGGCGGUCCCUGCCUGCCUAGGAAGCCCCCUCCCCCCGGCUUCAGCACUGUGGUGCUCCCGAAGAGCACUCCACCCCCACCUCCACCAGGUCUGGUGCCCCAAAUCAGCAAGCCACCCCCUGGCUUCUCUGGCCUGCCCAGCCCCCACCCAGCCUGCAUGCCCAGCACUUCUACCACCACCACCACCACUACCACCACCACAAAAGCACCCAGGCUGACACCAGCACCCCAGGCCUACCUUGUCCCCGAGAACUUCCGGGAGAGGAACCUACAGCUCAUCCAGUCCAUCAAGGACUUUCUGCAGAGUGAUGAAGCCCGCUUUAGCGAGUUCAAAAGUCACUCAGGAGAAUUUAGAAAGGGCGUGAUCUCCGCAGCCCAGUAUUAUAAGAGCUGCCGGGACCUGCUUGGGGAGAACUUCAAGAAGAUCUUCAAUGAGCUGCUGGUGCUCCUGCCCGACACAGCCAAACAGCAGGAGCUGCUGUCUGCACACACGGACUUUCGAGGCCAGGAGAGACUGCCUGGCACCAAGGCCAAGAAGAAUAAGAAGAAUGCAUGGCAAGCCAGCACCCAGCAGGCAGACCUGGACUGCUGUGUGUGCCCCACCUGCCAGCAGGUACUCGCAAAUGGUGACUUCCGAAGCCACCAGGCUCUGCACACUGCCCAGGAUGAUGACUUCCCCUCCCUGCAGGCUGUUGCCAGGACCCUCACAUAG